GUUUGGCGGAGAGGGCACGGUGGCUGGCGAAGCGGCAGACCUGAGGGACACAAACAUUGACAGAGAUACACACAGACACAGGGGGAAAAGGGUGCUCGCCGCCUCUCCCUAACAACCACCGGACUGUCGCCGGCCAUGGCUCAGCACGUCAGCUACCGGCAGCCUCCAAAACAGAGAGGGCGGCCUCCCGUUUCCAACAUGAUGGACCCCAACCAACUUUUUGAUGACACCAGUGCCUCGCAGCACCCCCAACCCACCAGCUACACCGUCCAAGGAAUUGACAUGGGGCUUCCAAUCAACAACUUCCUCAGUGAGCCAGUAGCGGAUUUUGCCAUGACCUAUGGCACAACAAUUGCCAGCCAAGGAAAAGACAUGGUCCAUAAAGAGCUGAACAGGUUUGUGUCCGUCAACAAGCUGAAAUAUUUCUUCACGGUCGACACCAGAUACGUCACCAAGAAGUUGGCCUUGCUGCUGUUCCCUUACACCCACCAGAACUGGGAGCUUGGAUACCGUGUUGACUCACGACUGACCCCACGAGAGGACUUUCAUGCGAACGCUCCAGACCUGUACAUUCCAACUAUGGCUUUUAUUACAUACAUCCUGUUGGCUGGGGUGGCACUGGGCAUCCAACAGAGGUUUUCUCCUGAGGUGCUGGGAAUGUGUGCCAGUACUGCUCUGGUAUGGAUCAUUAUUGAAGUUUUAGCCCUUGUCCUCACACUGUACUUGAUAUCAGUACAUACAGACCUCACUACGUUUGAUCUUAUUGCCUACAGUGGAUAUAAGUAUGUGGGGAUGAUAAUCACGAUUCUAGCCGGCUUAUUGUUUGGGCGAGAUGGUUACUAUGUGGCGUUGGCUUGGACAUCCUGUGCCAUCAUGUUCUUCCUAGUCCGUUCCUUGAGAAUGAAAGUCCUGUCCUCCACCUCCGAUGGAGUUUCCAGCCAUAGCUCCAGGAACCAACUACGGAUGUAUGUCACCCUGGCUAUUGCUGCAUUUCAGCCUCUCAUCAUUUACUGGCUGACUGUUCACCUGAUUCGGUGAGGGAUACUGAGGUGGUAGUCUAGGGUUUGUGGGGGGGAGGGGUGGGGUAGAGUGCCAAGUAUUGUGGGUUUUGUCAUUCUAUCCCAAUGUAUCAUUGCACAAUAUUAAGCUGGUCCCUUCCUCAGAAGAUGCUAGCAGUUUAUAAAGGAGUGCCAAAAAUGUUCCACUUGUUUACUUUGAAACCAGAAUUCUACAGCCUCAGCCAGAGCUGUAUGUGGUACAUAAUUCCAGACAGGUGUACCGUCUCUAAUGUUGUCUGUGAAUGAAGUAUGAGUUUGCUGUGGUGAGGACUUUUAUUGUACAGGGUGUCUGUCCUGGUGUACAGGAAAGUUUGAGAGAGUUGCACUCACAUCAUGAGUUAUUGCUCAUUUAGACCAUGGCUGUGAAAACAUGAAAGACAUGAGAACAAGAAUCAAAGCACUCUACUCUAAAUCUUUACUCCAUCUGUAUCGUGCACUCCCCUCAAAAGGUUGUGAUUAAAAGCCCCACUCCAGGAUACAUAACCGAGGCUGGUAUUUCAAUGCUACACUGACAUGCUGAAGCAAUCCAUUAAGCCAAGGCUGCGUCUGCCCCAGAUAUUCCACACAGCCUUACAAUCCAAGCCUCAAUAAAAGAAAUGACAAAGAUGCUGCAGCAUAUUGUGCCCAUGCUGUUGUUGCAGCACUCGGUGAUACUGUUUAUAAAACUGACAUCCCAGCCUAAUUGAGUUGUACAGUACCAGUAAUUCUUCCAGUUAUCAGUUUGUGCAUUCUCUCUCAUCUUCCACUCCAACACCAUCCUUCCCUGCUUCCCUGACCCUCCUGUUGGAGGAGGAAGUGCCUUUAAAAAAAAAAAGUCCUACACUACCACAAUACUAUUGAUUAACACUUCGGUAUAAUUUUUAAUAAAAUCGCCAGUAUGUCAAGAGAGAUGACUUGGUGCAACUUCCCUAAUAUAUUGUGAAAUUUUAGUUUUAUGUUGAAGCUGGGAGCCAGCCAUCACCCCAGAUAGCCACUCCUGCAUCUGCUAUUUGAGAGUGUUUCCUGCCUUUGAGAGGCAUGGCUGUUAGUGGCUUAGAGAAAUGGCUUAGUAUGCAGGAGAGAGGAUAAAACCGACCUGGACACCUUCCUAGAGCUAUUCUAGGCAGCUACAGUGUAUUAGAGUCUUUGGCGCAGCUCAGCUGUUACUUCCCAGCCGUCAGCAGUGGCAAUAAAACUGAAUGUCCCUCCCUGACAAGCAGGCUGUAAUAGAACAGAGACUCCUGAACCUUUCCUGCAGACUACCACCAUAACUGUUUUUUCAGUAAAUGGGCAUUAAUCCCAUAAGUACAGCAGAUGACAGACAUGGAACUUUGCUUUGUUUUAAUCAACCUGUGGCUUCUUUGACCAUUUGCUGGUUUGAGGAUGAAUGGAGGACUUCUCCUGCCAGUUGAUCUUUGCAGUGGUUCUCAACGUAAUGUGUUUUAAAUCAUUGCCCUGCUGCUGACUCUGUAAAUAAUAAAUAAAAUGCAUCAUGUUUUAAA